CAAGUAAUGGAUGACUACUUCUUCAAGAGUGCAGAGAAUAUUUCAUUCUUUUAUGACGAAAAAGCAUUUGGAGAUGAUGGAUGCUUGAAACAGCCGAAAGAACUUUCAAUUCACAAAGUUGGCCAUGCAAUAUUAUUAUUUGUACAUCACGGUCUCAGGACUUCAAACGUUCUCUAUAUCUUUUCCUUCUCAGAGAGUAUUUCAAGCCUGUUCUCUUCUUUGGGCUACAAGAGACCUGCAGUUAUUCAAUCUAUGUACAUCUUUAAGCAACCACAUAUUGGUAAUGAAGCGGUGCCACACCAGGAUAGUACAUUCAUUAACACGGAGCCCCCAUCGUUGACGGGCUUGUGGCUUGCGCUUGAAGAAGCAACAAUCAACAACGGUUGCCUAUGGGUAAUUCCAGGAUCACAUAUUAAUGGCCUGGUACGAAGAAUGAUCAGAGAUGAAAAUGGUACUCAUUUUGAUUGCCUUUCCGCAUCAUAUGAUCACAAAGAAUUUGUUCCACUAGAAGUAAAAUCAGGGACUUUGGUGAUGCUACAUGGAGAUAUUAUACAUAAGAGCUUUGCAAAUCUUUCUCCGACAUCAAGACAUGCACUAAUCUUGCAUCUAGUUGAUACUGAAGGAUGUAAAUGGUCUGAGGAAAACUGGUUACAGCGAAAAACUGCCCCUGAACCGCUUUAUUAUGUUUCUUAAACCGGUAACCAGCGUAUCAAUAAAGACUGAUUUUCCAGCAAGCAAAUCCUGAGUGCAAAAAAUAAAUGAUCAACGCUGCCGGGCAUUGUUGUGCUCCAUUCCCCGUUGAACUUUUGUAAACACUCCUCGGUAAUGUGACGUCAUGGAUAUUUGUUGA